ACCGCUUUGUUCUAAAUGUGCGCAUGUGCUCUGAAAUUUGUGAAGCCGAAGACCCCAAUUUCGUCAUCGCUGCUCUCUUCAACUUUGGACGUUGUUGAGAAUUCCAGCAACUCCAAAGCCCAGCAAAAAUCAAGUUUAACACCGCCUUAAGAACACCAUCCAGCAACUGUAAUCAUGUCGUACGGCAAACAAAAUGGCGGCUCGUACCGAGGCCGAGGUUCAGACAAUGGAUACGGAGGCGGCUCGAACCGCAGCAGCAGCAACGGCUUUGGAUCGGGCGGCAGGUACAAAAGCGGGGGCGGUGGCGGCGGAGGUGGUGGCAACGGAGGCGGUCGCUUCGGCGGCGGUCGCAACGGACCCGGAAGUGGGGGCCCACCUGGAAAUCGCCUCCGCAAACCCAACUGGGACAUGAAGAACCUGAGGCCGUUCAAAAAGGAUUUCUACGUCCCGCAUCCUGCCGUGGCGAAUCGGUCCAAGUACGAGGUCGACCAGUAUAGGCGUUCCAAGGAGAUCACUGUUGACGGGGAUGCUCCUAAUCCUAUCCAAAAUUUUAACGAGGCGUGUUUUCCGGAUUAUGUUAUGCACGAGAUUCAGAAACAGGGGUACGAUGCACCCACGGCGAUUCAGGCGCAGGGAUGGCCCGUGGCGAUGAGUGGGAGAGACAUGGUCGGUAUUGCGCAAACAGGAUCUGGAAAAACUCUCGCAUAUAUCCUUCCAGCGAUAGUCCAUAUCAACAAUCAACCCCCAAUCACCAGAGGCGAAGGUCCAGUCGCUCUAGUUUUAGCCCCAACACGUGAACUCGCACAACAAAUCCAGCAAGUCGCACAUGACUUUGGUAGUUCGUCCUACGUUAGAAACACAUGCAUUUUCGGUGGAGCACCCAAAGGACCCCAAGCCAGAGAUCUGGAACGAGGAGUCGAAAUCUGCAUCGCCACUCCAGGACGAUUAAUCGAUUUCUUGGAAAAGGGUACCACAAACUUGCAAAGAUGCACAUACUUGGUAUUAGACGAAGCCGACAGAAUGUUGGACAUGGGUUUUGAACCACAAAUUAGAAAAAUAAUUGAACAAAUCAGACCAGAUAGACAGACUUUGAUGUGGUCGGCAACCUGGCCCAAAGAAGUUAGGAAAUUGGCCUCAGAUUUUUUGAGGAGUUACAUUCAAGUUAAUAUUGGGUCACUGCAAUUGUCAGCCAAUCAUAACAUUCUACAGAUCGUUGAUGUAUGUCAAGAACAUGAAAAGGAAACAAAAUUAAACAAUUUAUUGCAAGAAAUCGGCAACAAUGGGGAACCGGGCGCCAAAAUAAUCAUCUUUGUGGAAACCAAAAAGAAAGUAGAGAGCAUAACUAGAACAAUCAGACGUUACGGUUGGCCAGCGGUGUGUAUGCACGGUGACAAAAGCCAGCAAGAACGCGAUUACGUUUUGAGGGAGUUCCGCAACGGAAAGUCGAGCAUUUUAAUAGCUACAGAUGUAGCGGCUCGUGGAUUGGAUGUGGAAGGAAUUAAAUACGUUAUAAACUAUGACUAUCCCAACUCUUCAGAAGAUUACAUUCACAGAAUAGGCAGAACGGGUCGAUCUGACUCCACGGGUACUUCAUACGCUUUCUUCACUCCAUCCAAUUUCCGACAAGCCAAAGAUCUUGUUUCUGUCCUCAAAGAAGCCAAUCAGGUGGUAAAUCCAAAGCUCUCUGAAAUGGCGAACCGCUGCGGCGGCUACGGCAGUAAAGGCGGUGGUGGCGGUCGCUGGGGUGGUUACGGAGGCGGUUUCAAGGGCCGAGAAAAUAGCGGACCAAGACAUCAUCAGAGAUUUAACAAUAGCGGACGAACCAAUGGAUAUAGUAACGGAGGAUCAUACUAAAUUCGAGUGUGGACAUGGAAUGAGCUGAUCAUUUGUGACAGUAUUUUUUUCUUCAGAUGCAUUCCGGAUGCGUCCAACUUAGUUGCGAAUUGACUAAAAGAGAACUUAUUUUUUAUUUAUUUAUAACAAUUCAUAACAUAUUUAUUGAACGCGACCCGAGUGGUUUUUGUAAUUUCUCUGUAGAAUUUAAGUUUCUCAUGUUUAUUAAUUAAUGUUUGUAACUGUGAUUAGAAUCGACUUUAGUUAUAUUGAUACAAUAUAAUCUUUCCCGAUUAUCCUUGGCAAUCCGUCAAAAUAUUAGUUUUAAAGAAAUAAAAAUGUUUUUGUAAACAAA